UUUUCUUCCAAGAGUACUGCCACUCUGCUAUAUAUCUGUCCAUACCAAAUUAACAUCCUCUCCUCUGUUACCCUAUCUUGAAUUUCUUGGUACACAUUGUUAGGAUUAUUGAGAAAUAAGAGUGAGAGAGACAGCAUUAACAUUCAUGGCUACUACUGAACCAAAUCUUGAACACAAUAAUGAUGUUCAUGGCAAUGGUUACAGUAAUGUUAAUGAAAGAAAAUUUGGUGGGAAUAACAACAAUAACAGAAACAGGUAUCUGAUUGUGAGCCCAAAGAAGGCAGGAAAAUGGAGCUUGUUCAAGUACUUGGCGUUGGGAGACACAAAAAGUGGUAGAAAGUUCUUGGAUAGUUCUGAAGAGGAAGAAAAGGAUGGUGCUGUUUCCUAUCACAGGAUGGUUAUAUUAAUGUCUAUUAUUGUGCGUAGGAUCCUCGCCUUUAUUGCCAAGCCAUUGAUGUACCUUGGCUUUGUGGUUGAUUUCUUUCUCAACCUCCUUUCUGAGAAUGGUGACUUCCAUGGCUUACUCAUCAACUUUCUCCACGGAAAGGUAAAGAUACCACAUAGAGGCUCGGAAACUUAUAUAAGCACCAUUGGGCAAUUGGAUGGGCGAAUAGACUUAUACAAGUCUGAGAAACUGGUGAAACAAAUAGAUGAUUCUGUUACUGUAGAGAGAAGCAUCAAAGCAGAAAUGGGAGAUCUGUCUCUUAUGGACCUUUCCAUUAUGGCUUCUAAGUUAGCUUAUGAAAAUGCCAGAGUUGUCAAAAAUGUUGUUAGCAAUCACUGGAAGAUGCAUUUCGUGGACUUCUAUGAUUGCUGGAAUGAAUAUCAAAAGGAAAGCAACACCCAAGUGUUCAUAUGUUGUGACAAGCCAAAAGAUGCUAAUUUGAUAGUGAUUAGCUUUAGAGGUACAGAACCAUUUAAUGCUUGUGAUUGGAGUACUGACAUCGAUUUCUCCUGGUAUGAAAUACCUAAAGUGGGAAAAAUCCAUAUUGGGUUUUUAGAAGCAUUAGGUUUAGGCAACAGAGACGAUGCUGAUACUUUCCAAUAUCACCUCCAGAGACAGCAAAGAACUAAUUUCAACUAUUAUAACGGUCAGGAUGUUACUCCCAUGACAAAUUCUACAUCAGAAUCCUCAGCCAACACCGAUUCGGAUAAAGAACUCAGCACAUGGGAUAAUCCUUCUGAUUCUGAAGGUGCAAAUAAUACUACUAAAAAUCGAAAAAUCCAAUUAGAAAUGGCGAAAAAGAGUGCUUAUUAUGCAGUUACAGGGAAGCUGAAAAGCUUAUUGAAAGAGCACAAGAAUGCUAAGUUUGUAGUAAGUGGACAUAGCUUAGGUGGGGCGCUUGCUAUAUUAUAUCCAACUGUUCUGAUGAUACAAGAAGAGAUGGAAUUGAUGGAAAAAUUGCUUGGUGUGUACACAUUUGGGCAACCAAGAGUUGGAGAUGUGCAAUUAGGGAAAUUUAUGGAAGCUCAUUUGAACAAUCCAAUUCCUAAAUACUUCAGAGUGGUUUAUUGUAAUGAUGUUGUGCCUAGAGUGCCUUUUGAUGACCAAAUUUUCUCUUACAAGCAUUUUGGAGUGUGUCUUUACUAUGAUAGCUGGUUCUACAUGCAGAAAAUGGAGGAGCAGCCAAAUCCAAAUUUCUUUGGGCUGUGGUAUAUUAUGCCCCUGCACCUGAACGCAGCAUGGGAAAUAUUGAGAAGCAUAGCAAUGGGAUACACUCACGGGCCAGAAUACAGGGAAGGAUGGUUCUCCACAUUUUACAGGCUAAUUGGACUUGCCCUGCCUGGCAUUGCUGCACAUAGCCCUAGAGAUUAUCUUAACUCUGUCAGGCUUGGAAAAGAGCGUUCUCUUCACUUGUCCUCUAUCAAAAGCUUUUUACACAAAUAAUUCCUGCAUUUCUUUUCUUAUGGACUGGAUAAUUUAAUCUCUUUCUGUGGACUUGGGCUAUUUGUUAGCCUCCUAUUAAUGAUUUUCUUAUGUAUUUUAUUUUUUCAUCAAAUAAAAUUUCCAGUAUUGAA